AUGUCAGAAGAUAUUGAGACUAAAAGAAUCAUUUACUCAAAUGGAAAUGAAGUCAAUAAGAUCAAAAGGUUUCCUACCAAUUAUGUAUCCACCACAAAAUACAAUGUCAUAACCUUUGUCCCAAAAUGCCUUUUUGAGCAGUUCAAAAAAGUCGCAAACAUCUACUUUUUAGUCGCAGCAGUCUUACAGUCAAUUCCUAUAAUUUCCCCUCUAAGCCCUAUAAGUGCAAUCGCCCCUUUAGGCUUUGUCCUUUGUGUAGCAAUGCUCAGAGAAGGACUUGAGGACUAUUUUAGGUAUAAGUCCGACAAAGAAACGAACUCGAUCCCUGUCAACAUUUAAACCUUCCAUAAUUAAUGCUUACCCCUUUUUAUUAUUUUAGAAAGGUCUCUAUUAUUUAUAGCAAAUAACUUUCAAUGCCUAAUUUCUCAAGAGAACUCAUAUGAGAAAGAGAUAUAUAGAUGGGAGUUUUGUCCAAAUGAGGUGUGCACAGAUCCAAGUUGGACAAAUUGUUAUGGUCAAAAAAGACGAGCCCAUUCCUUGCGAUUUAAUAAUGCUUGCAAACUCCAAUGAAAACUCUGUUGCUUUCAUAGAAACAUCAACUCUUGAUGGAGAAAAAGCAUUGAAGCCAAGACAGUCAUUUCCAAAAACGAAAAAUUUAAUAAAUGAUAAAGAUUUCAUACGGUUUUUCAAUGUAAUUGAAUGCGACCCACCGAAUCCAAGGAUUUAUCAUUUCAAUGGAACUAUUAGCUAUGGAAAGAAGAAGAAGCCAGUCGACAAAAAUCAUUUGCUAUUAGGCGGAGCAUUUUUACGAAAUACAAGUUGGGCGAUAGGUGUGGUUGUAUAUACAGGAAGAGAAACCAAAUUGAGACAAAAUUUAAUGUCAAGAGCUUUCAAACAGAGCAGAAUCGAUAAAAAGGUAAACUUAUACAUUUGCUAUAUAUUAUUCGUACAUUACAUAUGUUUUAGGCAUGAGUAAGCCCAUCAUUUUAAGUCAAAUCUAGAGAUUUGCGGGCAAUUCCAGCACCAAAAAGGUGCUGAUGACACCAAAAUGGUGAGAAAUUCCAAAACAGCAUUUUACUUUGAGUGGCCAUAAGCCACGCACGUGACGCAUUGCCUUACCUAUAACUUGACUCCUGCAUGUGUUCCGCAUAAGGGUCAUCUCACCCUCCUCGGGUGUAUCAAGCGGGCGGGUCAGAAUAUCUUACACUAUGCGAUAAGCCAUAUUUGGCAUUUAUGGAAAAAAGUGUAUCAGAUAAAGCAGAAUCCCAUAAUAAUAAAAUUCGCAAAGGGGAAAGGCUUUAAGAAGAAAACCUAGCCAUUUUAUUAUGAUAUAUAUUAUUCUUGCAAUUUUUCUUUUGCAUUACUUGCGCAAUCUGCAGUGGCAUAUGGGUAGACGAAAAAAUGAACGAGCAUCGAUAUCUCCAUGGCCGAGACUAUCCUUCAAUUCUAGAAGGAACCUUUUCUUAUUUCACCUAUUUUUUACUAUUAAACACCAUGAUUCCUAUAUCAUUGAUUGUUUCAUUAGAAUUUCUUAAGGUCGCCCAAGGGUUUUUUAUGGAAAGAGACGUUGAAAUGUACAGCUCUUUACGAGACAGAACCUGCAAGGUCUCUUCUUAUAGCUUAAAUGAAGAAUUAGGAAUGAUCCAGCACAUUUUUUCUGAUAAAACAGGAACUCUGACUCAGAAUCGCAUGGAAUUUAAAUUCUGUUCCGUUGGCAACAAAAUGUACGGCGAGUUUAGGUCAUUGGCUGACAAAGAAUUUUCAGUGACUUCUACAUAUUCUACAAGAGAGAUUAGGUUUUCAUUUAAUACAAAAGAUAUUGUAAAUGACUCGUUUUCGCAUAAAGGCAACGAGAAGUUGGAAUUCCCACUUCCAAUCAAAUUUAACGAAAAAAUGAUAACUUUUCAAACCCAAAGAGAAGUUCUUGAUCAUUUUUUACGAUGCUUACUCCCCAUUCCGUGCGCAAACAAAAUUAUUGGAAAAAUCUCUAUUUUUUCGGUAAAAACCCACUCUCCAUAAGCAAAAAAAUUAUGAAAAACUAUUUUGAUAUAUAAGUGAUAAUUAGUAUAAUGAAAUCUCUAGCUAAUUCUGUUUAACUUUAAACAACUUGGAUUUAAAAAACAUGAAAAAAAAACCCUGUGAGUGAACAAAAUAUUUUUUGUUCUCUCAUGGAGGGGGAAGGAUUUAGCACUAUGCCAUGAAUGCUUGAUUGAGACAAAUGAAGGCGGAGAAAUUAAUUAUAUUGGCCAAAGUCCUGAUGAAAUCGCAUUAGUUGAUGCUGUUAGACAUGUAGGGUUCAGAUGUGGCAAAAUAAAAGAUGACUCGAUCCAGCUUGAUAUUUUACCCUUUGGAUUAGACCAGCAGGAAAUUAGGGAAUAUUAUGAAAAAUACUGCAUUUUAGAAUUUGAUUCUAAUAGAAAAAGAAACUCAGUUAUUGUGAGGGACUUGAAGACAAACUUGAUAUUUCUAUUCACGAAGGGUGCAGACAAUAUAAUUAAAAAUAGGCUUGAUCCAAGUAAUUCACAAGAGUAUAUAGCAAAAAUCAAUCAGGAUUUAGAAACGUUUGCAAAGAGAGGCUACAGAACGUUAUUAUUUGCUUUCAAAAUUAUCAAAGAACAAGAUUUUUUAAUUUGAAAAGAAAAAUACGAUGAAGCAUGCACAGCAAUUGAAAAUCGCAAUCAAAAAAUUGCUGAUAUAGCUGAAGAAAUUGAAACUGAUCUAUUUUUACUAGGCUGCACUGCAGUAGAAGAUGCUCUGCAAGAAGAAGUUCCACAAACAAUUAAUGCCCUGCUAGAAGCUGGGAUCAAAAUUUGGAUGCUGACAGGUGACAAGCUCGAAACUGCAGAAAAUAUUGGCAGAACUUGUGAGCUAUUUGAUGACAAUAUGCUUGUUGAAAGAUGUCCUGGAUUCAAACUAGAAGCUUGCUGUGAAAUUUUAAAAAAUAUCCUGGAAAUUUUUAAUUCAGCUGAUCAAAAUAGUAAGGCAUUAAUUAUAGAAGGUCACGCCUUAGAAUAUGUGCUCUAUAAUCCAAAUGAUCCACAUUCAGUCAGAAAAUACCCAGAAAUCACUGAAAGCUCUGAGCGCGCAGAGAUAGCCAAAAACAUAAAAAAAUUAUUUUUAAAAAUUGCAGAAAAAUGCAAAACAGUAAUUUGCUGCCGUGUGACUCCUGGUCAAAAGCAAGAAAUCGUAAAAUUAAUGAAGCAUGAAACGGGGGUAACCACUUUAGCAAUAGGAGAUGGAGCCAAUGAUGUUUCUAUGAUAUUAGAAGCACAUGUUGGGAUUGGAAUAUAUGGAGAAGAAGGAAUGCAAGCAGUCCAAGCUAGUGAUUAUGCAAUUGGGGAAUUUAAAUACCUAUGGGAGCUGUUACUUGUGCACGGAAGGUUUAAUUAUAUAAGAGAAAGUGAAAUGAUCAUGUAUUUUUUUUAUAAAAAUUUGGUAUUUACAAUAUGGCCCAAGCAUCUUUGUUACUUGGGCUCUCCGAUCUUUCCCGACAGAAAAGAGCGGAGUUGGCCUAGCGAACUAAAAGUUUGACCAGCUUCCCAAAUGGCAGAAAGCUCCCAUCAUGUUUUUCUGUCACUUGAGGAGUUGGUGGCCAACAUUGCCUGGCUCGAUCAAUUCUCCUCUUUCCCGUCGUGAAAGAUGGGAAACCCCCAACCAUAAGGCGCUUGGGCUAUACCUCAGUUUUUCUUUGCAUUUUAUUGUGCAUAUAGUGGACAAACUGUUUAUGACGAUUGGUAUAUUUCGUUGUAUAACACAAUAUUUACGGCUUUACCUUUAAUGGUAAAAGCAUUGUUUGAAAAAGAUAUAGUUGUUCCUCAAAGAACUGAAUCACAAGCUUCUGGAGGAGAUUUAUUAGCUAUUAGGAAAUAUUUGCCACUUUUAUACUGUGACGGGAGAUGCAAUCGAGUAUUUACAAAUAAAAAUUUCUUAUGGUGGAUGUUUUUAGGAUUUUUCCACUCGUCAAUUAUUUUCUUUAUACCGCUUUUGGCUAUUCAAGAAGGGAUAAUGAAUUAUAAAGGGGAUAAUUAUGAUAUCUGGUCAUUUUCUGUGAUAUCUUUUUCCUGUGUAGUAUUUGUGGUAAAUUUAAAGCUGCUUCUAACUACAAGAUUAUGAAAUAAAUUCCACUCUGCAGCUAUGCUUGGGACUAGUAUAUUCUUAUAUGUUCUUUUCAUGCUCAUUUAUGAUAAUUUGACACCACUUCAAGCCCGAGACACAGUUCUUGAAGUGCUUACAAGCCCUGUCUUGUAUUUUUCUAUCAUCCUUACAGCUUCAUAUAUUUUUAUUUUUGAUGGGAGCUCCAAAAUAAAAUGGCAUUCGGAUCGAGAGAAAUUAGCUUUGCUAAUUUUCUCUCCCUCAUGGAAUUUUAUUUAUAGGGUUAGGUUUUCACUCGAGAACUUCUGGACAGCAAUAGCGGUUUAACUCUGGGGAUAACCAGAGGAACCACUCCUCAGUCCACUCAAAAUUUCGGGCUUUUACCUAUCAGGACAUCCCCACGGGAGGAUGACCCUUAGGCGGAACACGCGCAGGAGCUGAGUCGAGCGACAAGGGCGACGGCAACGCGCCGGGUGAGACGUGCAGCAGGGCUGGUGAAGCAGGAGUUGAUAGAAGGCUUGGACGGGGCUGACCCGUGCCAAGAUGGCUCGCCUACGUCAUCAGUUUUGCCAUAGGCCCUUUUGGGCUGCGGCACUAGACACCUUAAACACCAGAUAAUUAAGUAAGUAAGUAAGAUGGGAGCUCCCAUAUUUUAAGACGGCUCUUAAAGCCAACUGACAGUGAAGUGCUGCUAGACUAUUCGACAGCUAUCAAGCAAGAAAAAGUUCACAAUACCUUAACAUAUAAAAAGCUCCCUCCAAGCACUCCAAGCUUUUCAUCUUCAAGUAGCACUUAAUUUACCAUUACCAUUAGCAUUAGCAUUAACAUUAACUAAUAUUAUAAAGAGGCCCCGUCAUAAUAGCUAGGAUUUCCCCGCUCUACCUUCACCAUUCACGCUUCACCAGGUUGAUCACCACCGAUCGAUCACGACCUUCAAGGUGUUGCUCCUACUGGACGAGGAUCUGCACCCGCUACCCAUAGUUGGAUAAGUUACGCCACCCCAGCAGUACCGAAAAUUUGAAAAACAAAUUUUCUGGUAGGACUGCCGGCUAAGAUGGAAAUCCAAAGCCUGGGACGUAACGCCCAGUUUCACGCUAGGGAGAGUUGCCCGAUUGAUCAGGAGGUACCUUCCUGAUGCUGCUGAGCUUCCCUUUCCAACAUUGGAAACCAUCUCCCCUGAGGCAAAACCAUUGGUGUCCGAAUGAGCUCCGGAUUGACCAAAUUCGGCAUUGCGCUCCACUGUGUCAAGGUAAAAUCUAGCCGGAUAUACACCUGAGCGCCUAUUUUCCUUCCACAAGGUCCCCGGGUUCUAGCAGACUCCCGGCUACAGGUGUUGAGAAAAAGAGCUGGUUCGCCGUCGCCCAUUUUAAUGUAUAUAUGCACUUAA